CGAGGAAAACUAUUACGCACAAUAAUUAUAACUUAUUCAAGAACACUCAAUACUGUACUGCCUAUUGAUAUUUAUAACGUUGUAAUAUCAAAUGCUGCCGUCCUUCAGCAUCAUGAUCAAGUAUACAUCGUUUCGUACAUUGUCUAAUACCUUGUGAACUGUUAGAUCUGCUCCAGCUUGCAACUUAUUCACUAUACCAUCUCAUCUCUUAUAAAGUCAGGAAGUAUAUAAGUAUAUAGACUAAUGCAGAUGAGGUUUACAAGGCUAUCUAAGAAGUUUGUUUGGACUGUGGCAUUUCUAGCGACAAUUGUCAUGAUAAUUAUCAUUUUGAUGGUGCAUGUGGCUAGAAAGAAUAUGUCUGGGACCAUUGCUAUAGUGGACCUUCUACUGACUGCUUUGUUCUCAAAAUCAGAUUCACUUGUAGAUGUCAAAAGAGCUACUUUACGAAGAUCUGUUGACAUCAAUGGACAUCCUUGUUCGAGUACAAACAGAGCACAAAAACACACCUUGAAAGCUCUAAAUAUAUUUACAGACCUGUGUGAUGUGAUGACUGGAAGACACAACGGCUAUCACUACGACCAUCCUGAUAUCGUACAUUACGUUAAAUUCACAGACAAAGAUGUAGAAGAAAUAACAUUUCAAGAAUUUGUAUCGAUACUUUCGAUGCACAAGUUCUACAGACCCUCGAAGAUAAAAAUACACAGCAAUGCAAAGAAAUUUUCUGGAAAAUACUGGAACUUAACGCAAAGUCUGGGCUUGUAUAUUGAAAUUGGAAAUGCAGACCGGUUGAGAUUUAUUGGACAAAAACAGAGGCCGUACUUCAUCUCACAUGAAGUAGACGCACUAAAAGUGGACAUUAUUGUCAAGAAAGGUGGAAUUUUCACAGAUUUUGAUGUGAUUAUGGUAAAUGGAACGAAAUUUCGAUCUAAACAGAAACUUGCAGAGUGUGUGAUAGGAUCUGAUACUGACCCGUGUACAAGACUCUGUGCAGGAUUUGUCUCUUGUGUUGCAAACUCUUCCUUUGCCAGAGAUUGGAGGGAAGGCUAUCGCAAAGACUAUGCUCCCUACCUGUGGGUCUACAACGCUGGUACUGUGCCCUCGAAUCUGCUCAGGAGUUGUCCAAGUUGCUACGACGUGUAUGUGGACAGAACAAUCAGUUUGAUGAACGGAGCACAAAAGUGGCUGGAACCGAAUGGAAUAGACUGGAAAAGCAGAAGUGUGAUCCACUAUAUGAAUCGUAUGUUCGGAGUCAACUCGAGGGACAUCACACCCAAGGCUGUAGUGACUCGUUUUAAUAAUACUGCCUUAGGUGAUUUAUUUAUGUAUGUCUUAGGUGAUACUUAUCUUUCUCUUUCCUUAUCGGAGUAUCAUGAGUAGAUGUCUAUACAUGUAUGUACGUACGUUUCACCUUUUAUAUAUUCAAUUGUCGUAACUUC